ACUCUUUUAUAUAUACAAACGGUUUCAGUACGUUCAUUAUUGGGGUCUGGGUCUCACUUCACACUCACAUAGUAACAGUACUAACUACUAAGAGGGUGUUUUGUUAUUAUAUUAUGUUGCAAUCUCCAAUGGCCGUUGUCUGGAACUUGCUACUCUGUUGUCUAGUCUCCACUCUUCUAGUGGUCUCCACCGGAGAAAUUCAUGGCGAAGAAGCGGAGAAAGAGGCUGACAGAGUGACAAACUUGCCAGGACAACCAGCCGUGACUUUUAGACACUACGCGGGCUAUGUCAAACUCCAACCCCAGCAUCAAAAGGCACUCUUUUACUGGUUCUUUGAAGCCCAGGAAGCACCUUCUCACAAGCCAUUAGUCCUUUGGCUCAAUGGAGGACCUGGCUGCUCAUCCAUUGCGUAUGGAGCUGCACAAGAACUCGGCCCAUUUCUUGUCCAACUAAACGGAAUCAAGCUCAAUCUUAACAAAUUUUCUUGGAAUAAGGUUGCAAAUAUAUUAUUCCUGGAGGCACCUGUUGGUGUGGGGUUUUCCUAUACAAACAAAUCAAAAGAUUUGCAUAUGCUUGGUGAUCGAGUAACAGCCGACGAUUCACAUGCCUUCUUGAUUGGAUGGUUCAAAAGGUUUCCCAACUUUAAAUCCAAUGACUUCUAUCUUGCUGGAGAGAGCUACGCUGGUCAUUAUGUUCCCCAGCUUGCGAAUCUCAUUUAUGAAAGAAACAAAGGGGCCAGCAAGAACUUGUACAUAAAUCUAAAAGGGUUCAUGAUUGGGAAUGCUGUGAUCAAUGAUGCAACAGAUUUAAGUGGCAUGUUUGAAUAUGCAUGGAGUCAUGCAAUCAUCUCGGACAAACUGUACAAUGAUAUAGUGAAGGAGUGCGAUUUCAGGAGUGAUAACCAAACAAGGAAUUGUGGUAAUCAUAUCAGGGGUUUCUUAGAAGCAUAUUCUGCCAUUGAUAUUUACAACAUUUACGCACCCAUUUGCCUCACUUCCCUAAGUAGAACCUCCCCCAAGCUCGUUGUUGCUCCCCGUUUGAUCACUCAACAUAACCUCUGGCAUAAGCUACCGUCAGGCUAUGAUCCAUGUACAGAGGAUUACGUGGAGAACUAUUUCAACAGAGAGGAUGUCCAGAGGGCGCUACAUGCCAACGUUACUAAAUUGCCCUACCCUUAUACCACAUGCAGUGAUGUUAUCAACGGAUGGAAUGACUCAGCAGACACAGUGCUGCCCAUAAUUCGGAAGCUUUUAAAUGCGGGACUGCGCAUUUGGAUUUACAGCGGUGACACGGAUGGGAGGGUGCCGGUGACAUCAACAAGGUUCAGCGUAAACAAGCUGGGGUUAAAAAUAAAGGAAGAAUGGAGAGCAUGGUUUCACAAAACUCAAGUUGCAGGUUGGGUGCAGACGUACGAGGGGGGCCUAACAUUAGCCACAGUGAGAGGCGCAGGGCAUCAGGUCCCAGUCUUUGCUCCUCAUCAAUCACUUUCUCUCUUCACCCAUUUCCUCUCUUCCAAAACCUUGCCGGAUUCUCGAUCUUAGAUGCUGCUAAAGAAGACAAUAUUGUGUAACCAGGGAGAUUACAUUUUUAACAAAUUUGGGACACUUCUAUUCUAUUCCAUAAGAUGUUCUUCA